AAACACCUCCUUUUAUCUUGGCCGUACGUAACCGUUCUCAGUACACUACCUCCUUUCUUCUCUCAUUCUUUUACAGAUUAAUGAAAAUCAAUGAAGCAUGCCAUGAUGAUCUGAAACCAGCCCGGAGCAGUACUGUCUUCUUCAUUUUCGUUGUUGUGAGGUCCAAUCAUGAACUCGUGUCUAAAAUGCGGAAAGAAGUUCAACUCACCCAAAGCAGUUCACGGCCAUAUGAGGACACAUAAGAUGACCAAAAAACUCCUUGCUUCUAAUAAGGCUUCUGGUAGUAGUAUGACAGUACUCUCCUCCAUGGAGAAGAAAAUCGCCUCCUAUUUGAUCCUGUUAUCGAAAGGUCAGCCCAAAAACGAUAAUAGUAAGACAGUUGGAGCUAGUAUUUUCAAGUGUACCAGCUGCCAUAAGGUUUUCAGUUCGUAUCAGGCAUUAGGGGGUCACAGGGCAAGUCAUAAGAGCUUAAGGGGCUGUUCUGCAAUUAAUGAUAAAUGUAGUCCCAACACUACUAUUCCAGCUAUAGAGAGUACGGCUGAAGAGGCUCAAACGACAAUGUUUUGCAAAAAACGACAAUUACAUGAGAAUCAUGAGUCUCCCUCUGGUGAUCAACCAAGCUGCCCUAAAACUAGGGUUGAAGAAGUUCAUGGCUUCCGUGGUAUUGGGAUAGACUUGAAUAAACCACCACCAAUGGAGUCUGAUGAUGAUGGUGGUGGGGUUAUUCUCCAAAUAAUUUAGUCUCUCUUCAACUUUCAGGAGAUCUUUCUAGGGUUUUAGGAGGUUAAUGGUCACAAUGUUAUUUGAUUUUCUUUUUGUCUUGGUACUGUUAUUAGUUUGUCAUAGUGAUUUUGGGUAUUAAUAAUAUUAUUAUUUAGUGCAUAAUUUUUCUUUGUUGAUUUUGUCUUCAUUAAUGAUUGGUGGAAUGAUAAUCAAUCAAGUACUAAUGUUUGAUCAGGAAAUUGAA